AUGGAGAAUAUGCAGGAGUCUGAGAUUAGCGAAUACGUGCCCUGUGCCCAUUCCGACGACGAAAGAGCCUUGGUCGGCACCUACGUGUCCCUCGAACUCAAGAAAGCCGCUUCUCUGGGAUAUAAAGUCAUUCAAGUCUUCGAAGUGUGGCAUUGGGCCGAAGAAAAAUGGAGUCAGUACGACACUCAGACCAAAACGGGAGGGUUGUUCACGGGAUACAUUGACCACUACUUAAAAACUAAAAUGGAAAGUAGUGGUUACCCUUCGGAAUGCCGCACUGACCAAGAAAAAGCCCAAUUUAUUGCAGACGUCUACCAAAAAGAAGGGAUUAGUCUCGAUCCUGCUAAAGUGAUCUACAACAACGGAAUGCGAAGUUGCAGUAAGCUAAAGCUCAACAUUUUAUGGGGUAAAUUUGGUCAACGGGACAAUUUCAGCCAAACGGAAUACAUUACCGAACCAGAGAGAUAUUUUGAUCUUCUGACGGAUGUCACGCAAUCCAUUAAAGACGUACAAUUGGUCAACGACAACAUGGUGAUGGUGGAACGAUUGAAAUUGGAAGAACACGUACAGCCUUCUCAAAUCACCAAUGUCGUCAUUGCCGCUUUCGUCACGGCGCAGGCUCGCCUCAAGCUUUAUUCCGUCUUGGAACCUUUGGCAGAGCGUGGAAUCCGCGGCGAGGCAACAGCUUAG